AAAAUAAAAAAUUUAAUAAAGGACAACGUUGUUUGGAUAUGUACGUCAAUUGAAAACAACAAAAAUACUGUGUGGGUUCUACAUCUAUGUAUGUACUGUUGGAUUUUCAUGUUCUUCACUUCCUAACACUAUCUUCUAUUCAAUCAAUUUCAUCUUCAAGAAAUUCCAAUUAACUUUGACUCAUCACCACAUUUAGCGAGGAACAUCAUCAAGGCUUCAGUUUUGUUGAAUUGAGCCCUUGCAAGAAUGCUCUUCAGGAGUUUACAUUCUAGCAAACUUCAGUAUCUGAGUCUAAGGUGCUUUUCAUCUGCAACUCCUCAUGUACUUAAACCUGGGGAUAUCUUGAAAAAAACAAGGGUUUUUACUGAGGAAGAUGUACUUCAGUACUCCAAGGUGAGCCAUGAUUCUAAUCCUUUGCACAUCGAUUCGGCUACUGCUCGAAAUGUUGGAUUUGAAGGUCCACUGGUACAUGGAAUGCUUGUUGCUUCACUUUUUCCUCAUAUCAUCUCAUCACAUUUUCCUGCAGCUGUGUAUGUAUCUCAAACAUUGAAUUUUAAGCUUCCUGUCUAUAUUGGAGAUCAGAUUGUUGCUGAAGUACAAGCAACUAAUCUAAGAGAAAAUAAAAAUCGAUAUCUUGCAAAGUUUAAGACAAGGUGCUUCAAGAAUGGAGAAAUUCUUGUCAUUGAAGGUGAGGCUAUGGCUUUGUUACCAACCCUGACUGUAGAUCAGUGACUGUGUAAGGAGCAGUAGAAGCUACUCACAAUUCCAAACUGUUAACCUUGAAUGAUAAAGACUUGUACUUGAUUGUUUAAUGUCCGUGAUUCAGUCAUGUUUCACAACAGCGCACUUCUUUCAAUACAACUCCGGAUCAAAUGGCACAAAGAGUAUAAACUAUUGUCAUUUUUUUGGCACUCUGUACCAAUUUAACAAUAACGGUUUUGGAAUAAAAGUUUUCUGUAAUAGCGAGUAAAGUUUACCUUUAGUUUAUGGCAAUUUGUUUUCUA